AUGAUAGCUGCCAAAUCCGGUAUGAAUAUUAAUAAUCGCACUGUGCAGAAUGCAAUUCUCAAUGAGCCAAUACCGAACGUUUCAAAUGAAAUUCCCGUACAGCCGGAUUUUUCAUCCAACACUUCCAGCGAUUUACCAUUCUUUGGUAAAAUUCACUACAAAUUAGACUAUGAUUUUGGAAGCAGUAAGCUAGCAGUGACAAUUUUUGAGUGUAAAGGAUUACCGGCAAUGGAUCGAAACGGAAUGUCAGAUCCGUACGUGAAACUGUAUUUGCUGCCAGAGGGAAAGCCAAAAUUUGAAACAAAAAUUAAGCGAAAAUGUUUAAAUCCAAUUUUUAACGAAGUUUUCGCUUUUAACAUAACAUUCGCGGAACUUCAACGUAAGACACUUCAAUUGGUUGUGUAUGAUUUUAAUCGAUUAAGAAAGGAUGAUCGAAUCGGUCAAUUAGCAAUACCACUGGAAAAAGUUGAUUUUGGUAUGACUGUGAAAGAAUGGUCUCGAUUAAAUCCACCAGAACAUGAUGCUAACAUAGAGUCAAGACUUGGUGAUCUCUGUUUCUCUUUACGAUAUCGACCAAGUACAAUGAUUUUAACUGUAACAAUUAUGGAAGCUCGAAAUCUUAAGAAAAUGGAUGUUGGUGGUCUGUCAGAUCCAUUUAUCAAAAUACAUUUAUACAAUGGUCGGAAAUUGAUAGCGAAGAGAAAGACAACACGAAAAUACAAAACACUGAAUCCAUAUUACAAUGAAAGCUUUCAAUUCAAAUUGGAACAAGAAUUAUUAGAAAAAGUGAAUUUGGUUAUCAGUGUUUGGGACUAUGACAAGAUGAGUAAAAAUGAUUUUAUUGGUGAAGUGAAACUUGGCUCGCCAUCUCUGAACGAUUUCACAAUUAAUGUUGCUAGCCAGAAGCAGUGGCUUGAAAUGAUGACUACGAGCAGGCCUGCUGUUUAUUGGCAUACCUUACAACCAAAAUUAUGA